GCCUCUCCCAUAGGGAGACAUCACCAUCACCGCCCGAGCCUGGCCAGCAGCACCGGGGACAGACAUGGCACGAGCGGCGCUAUAGUGGCGGAUCGGGGCGUCGGCGGCGGAUCGGGAGCCGUAGAUUAUUUAUUUAGCUAUUUAUUCAUUUAUUUAUUCGCCCCGCCGGUGAUGGCUGGGGUCCACGGCUGCGGCUGCUGAGAGGCAGGUGCAAUAUCAUCGACGAAGGCGUUUCGCUGCUCGGCAUGGACUCAGCGAGGGCCGAUCCACAGGCUGGCCCACUGCGCACCCACCGCUCCCCGGAUCUGAUGCUCGCUGCGGGAGGAGAGCUGUAGCUGGGCCGCUUCAGGGGACCGAUAGACGGUAACUGGUGGUGGAGGAAGAGGAGCAGGAGGAGGGGGCCUUCAUCAUAUCAAAAUAUUACAGACAAUAUUCUCAGCUCAAGGUUAUGCGCACACAACAACAGUCUGCCCUCCUGCAGUAAAUCUGCGCUGCUGCUGCAAAAUGGCAUAAGUCUUUAUUUGAGGAACUACAGUGAUUGAAUGCGCCCCUCUCCGUGCGCUCCGCGGAUCCAAACCCUGUGACUGUCUCAGCCUCGAUACAGGCCUGAAAAUUAAAAAAAAAAAAACUGUUGAGCGCAGCCUCAUCUGGAUAAGUGACGCCGGCUCCAGCUGCCAAGAUGAUGGAGCUGCAGAUAGACGAGGUGGUCUACCAGGACGACUACGGCUCCGGCUCUGUCAUGUCGGAGCGGGUGUCGGGCCUGGCCAACUCCAUCUACCGGGAGUUCGAGCGGCUCAUACGCAGCUACGAUGAGGAGGUGGUGAAGGAGCUGAUGCCGCUGGUGGUGAACGUCCUGGAGAACCUGGACGCGGUGCUGACCGAGAACCAGGAGCACGAAGUGGAGCUGGAGCUGCUGAAGGAGGACAACGAGCAGCUCAUCACCCAGUACGAGCGGGAGAAGGCGCUGCGCAAACAGGCGGAGGAGAAAUUCAUCGAAUUUGAAGAUGCGCUGGAAGCUGAGAAGAAGGACCUGCAGAUACAAGUGGAGUUUCUGGAGCUGCAGGGAAAACAGCUGGAGCUCAAGACAAAGAACUACUCUGACCAGAUCACACGGUUGGAAGAGCGAGAAUCAGACAUGAAGAAAGAGUACAACGCUCUGCACCAGCGCCACACUGAGAUGAUUCAGACGUACGUCGAGCACAUAGAGCGGUCCAAGAUGCAGCAGUCAGGGAGCAACAGCCAAUCAGAAGGCCCUGGCUGUGGACGAACCAAAGCGGAGCGCCCGCCGUCGUUGAGCCUGUACCCCAGCGGCGAGGGCAUGGUACGUGGGGGUCUCGGGGGGGCUAGGAUGAUGCCCGGGAAAGACAUCUGGCAGGUCAGCGAGCUCGGCCGAUCCGCCUUCACCUCCGCCUCUCAGGUGGGACAGACGGACGGAUCGGAGUCCGACUCGGUGGCGGCGACACCCAGCAGCACAGGAAGCAACUCCAACACGCCCACCUCCUCCGUCCCCUCUGCCACCGUCACCCCCAUCAACGAGGGCUUCCUCCCGCCCUCCGAGUUCGACGUGAUGCGGGCCGGGAACCGCAGGAAAAGUGCCAAGCGUCUCAGCCGGAACAUGGAGGUGCAGGUUUCCCAGGAGACGAGGAAUGUCAGCAUCGGAAUGGGAAGCAGCGAUGAGUGGUCAGAGUUUCAGGAGAUCAUUGAUUCAACUUCUGACCUGGACAUGUGCGUGGACCCCCGAGUGUACGGAGGAGGAAACAGCCCCUCUCAGGGCAUAGUUAACGAGGCCUUCGGCAUCAACACCGACUCCCUCUACCACGAGAUCAAAGACGCCAAGUCAGACAUCAUCGGGGACGUUGAUGCAGGUGCCGAGCUGCUAGGCGAGUUCUCAGUCCGCGAUGAUUUCUUCGGGAUGGGCAAGGAGGUGGAGAACCUGCUGACGGAGAACAAACAACUCCUAGAGACCAAAAACGCUCUGAACAUCGUGAAAAAUGACCUUAUUGCCAAAGUGGACGAGCUGUCGGGGGAGCAGGAGGUGCUGAGGGAGGAGUUGGAGGCGGUGAGGCAGUCCAAGAACAAGGUGGACGCAAGAGUCAAAGAACUGGAAGAAGAACUCAAGAGGUUAAGAGCAGAAGCUCUCGGAGCAUCUCGGGACUCAAAGGAUGAAGGAAGUGAUGAUUUUUCAUCACCAAUGCAAGACGGCGACAUGACAAUGACCCAGCGGCGGCGGUUCACUCGGGUGGAGAUGGCCCGAGUGCUGAUGGAGAGGAACCAGUACAAAGAGCGACUGAUGGAGCUGCAGGAGGCUGUGCGGUGGACGGAGAUGAUCAGGGCGUCCCGGGAGAGUCCUCCGAUCCAAGAGAAGAAGAAGUCCACCAUCUGGCAGUUCUUUGCUCGUCUCUUCAGCUCGUCGUCCAGCCCUCCCCCGGUCAAGCGGCCGUACUACAGCGUCAACAUCCACUACAAGUCGCCAUCCCCGGCUGGUUUCUCUCAGCGACGCAGCCACACCAUGUGUCAGAUCUCCACCUCCAACCGAACACUGGAGUUCUUCCCUGAAGACGACUCGGCACUGUUGGCCCGCCGAGAGCAGCGGCGCGAACAGUACCGGCAGGUCCGCGAGCACAUGCGCCGCGAUGACGGCAUCAUGCAGGCCUGCGGCUGGAGCGUGCCGUCCAGAUUCAAACAGGUACAAACGGAGAACUCAGGUAAAGAGGACAACCGCAUGAAGAAUGUUCCCGUUCCGGUUUACUGUCGCCCUCUGGUGGAGAAGGACCCUAACAGGAAGCUGUGGUGUGCAGCUGGAGUGGACCUGACGGGAUGGAGGGCUGGCAGCCAGGAGGCGGCGCCGAACAAAGCAGCGUCGGGCAGCAGCAGCGACCCGCUUCACGCCGAGGAGGACGGAGCUGAGAAGAAGAGCAGCCACACGUCUCCGGAGAAGAGGAAGUCCAAGGAGCUCCAGGAAACAGACACCAUGAGCAGCCGAGUGUGGAUCCUCACCAGCACCCACUCCGCCAGCAAGGUGGUCAUCAUCGACGCCAACCAGCCCGGCUCGCUGGUCGACCAGUUCAACGUCUGCAACGCCCACGUGCUCUGCAUCUCCAGCGUACCGGCUGCUAGUGAGAAUGAUUAUCCACCCGGAGAGAUCGUGUUGGAUCCAGGUGACGGUGGAGCAGGUGGAGGAGGAGGAGGAGCAGGAGACGACACCGGCAGCAUGGAGGGCAUGCUGGCCGGUAUCACGCUCGUCGGCUGUGCCACCAACUGCAGCGUCGCCCGUAGCAACUGUUCCUCACGCACCGACACGCCUAUAAUGGACAAAGGACAAGCUCCCACUGCUCCCCCCAUGAAUGGGAAGAUCCACCCUGCACAGUCAGCUGAGGAAGCCACGGAGGCCACAGAGGUUCCCGAGUCGACGGCCAGCCACGCAGAAAUGGGAUCCGGACCUCCGGGACCGUUUACCGAACACGUCUUCACCGACCCACAGCCUCGUAUAACUGAUGCCUCUGACAGGGGCUCGGGCCAGUCCAAGGAGGAGGCGUCUCAGCCGGCAGAGUCGGAGGACGGCGGUGAGGAGACCAAAAAUUACACCAGCGUGGCCCCGACCAUGUGGCUUGGAGCCCAGAACGGCUGGCUCUACGUCCACUCAGCUGUUGGAAACUGGAAGAAGUGUCUCCACUCCAUCAAACUCAAAGACUCGGUGCUCAGUCUGGUGCAUGUUAAAGGCCGCGUGCUGGUCGCCCUCGCUGAUGGGACAUUCGCAAUCUUCCACAGAGCCGAGGAUGGUCAGUGGGAUUUGUCCAACUACCACUUCAUGGACCUCGGCCGACCUCAUCACUCCAUCCGCUGCAUGGCCGUGGUCCACGACAAAGUGUGGUGCGGCUACAAGAACAAGAUCCACGUCAUUCAGCCCAAAACCAUGCAGAUCGAGAAGUCCUUCGACGCCCACCCUCGCAGGGAGAGUCAGGUGCGGCAGCUGGCGUGGAUCGGGGACGGCGUUUGGGUGUCGAUCCGGCUCGACUCCACGCUGCGUCUCUACCAUGCGCACACGCACCAGCACCUGCAGGACGUCGACAUCGAGCCGUACGUCAGCAAGAUGCUCGGUACUGGAAAGCUGGGCUUCUCUUUUGUGAGAAUCACAGCACUACUGAUUGGUGGAAACCGUCUUUGGGUGGGGACUGGAAACGGUGUCAUCAUCUCCAUCCCUCUGACAGAGACGGUGGUCCUUCACCGGGGACAGCUCCUGGGUUUGAGGGCCAAUAAGGUGUCUCCCACGUCGUCCGGCGGGGUGAUCCAUGUGUACGGCGACGACGGCUCCGAGAAGAGCAGCGGCAGCUUCAUCCCCUACUGCUCCAUGGCACAGGCCCAGCUCUGUUUCCAUGGACACCGCGAUGCAGUCAAGUUCUUCGUGUCUGUACCGGGCAAUGUUUUGGCCACCCUAAACGGCAGCGUGCUGGACAGUCCGUCAGAGGGUCAGGGCUCCACGGCGCCCACAGAGACGGAGGCCCAAAGUGUUCAAAACGUGUUGGUGCUGAGUGGAGGGGAAGGUUACAUCGACUUCCGCAUAGGGGACGGAGAGGACGACGAGACGGAGGAAGGAGACAGUUCUGCCACCGGGGCUUCGCAGAUGAAACCUGGUUUGUCCAAAGCCGAGAGGAGCCACAUCAUCGUCUGGCAGGUGUCCUACGUACCUGAGUGACGCCUGGAUCUGCUUUAAAACCCCGCCCACCCGUCUCCUUAAAGAAAACCACCUCCCGCCCUGAAGCUUCCAGCCGCCCAAACCUUGUAAUUAUCCCCCCGGUCAUGUAAAAGUUCCCCCUUGGCUCUAAAACGACCCUCCAAGCCUUGUAUCGUCCCCUGUAACUAUUAUAUCCCCUCCUGCCCCGUCACCUUGUAACUUUAAUGCCUUGUAAGUACCUCCUCUGAUCUAGUAAUCUGCCUGCCAUCCUGUUUCUGUCCCACCCAGGGCAUUGUAACUAUCUCCAUGAGCCUUGUAACCCAGCCUCAUAACUACCUCCCUCCUCUGUAUCGAUCUUAUAUCCACCCUGUAAGCACACUGUAUCUCCUCCUAUAUUUACCUCAAUUGUCCUGCAUCUGCCCCCAAAAGUUACCCCUCAUCUUCCUCCAUUUAGUUCUGUGAAACCCCCACCUCAUCUUAAAGCAGAGCCCAGAGCCCCCAACAUGCAACAAAUGCACAAAAAGAAAAAAAAAAGAGCCGCAGCAGGUGCAGCAAAGUGACUUGCAUUUUCAGUAGGAAUCUGAUUUUAUGAACAGUCAAUGGACCCUGUUUAAAUGGAGGCGAUGGAUGCAGAAGAGGUGUUUGUGGUCUUGUGAGGGGGAGCUGCAUGUCUUGGUUUACGAUUGUAGUUAACGGUGAAGACGUCUGGCUUUGUUGGACUUUGAAGUGGAGAUGAGCAGACGAACCUGUCAAAUUCAACACAGACAUCUGGGUUUCUUUUGGCUGCUACCUGAAAUAUUUCCCAUCCCAUCUUGCCGUCACAUCUAUCUGAAGUGUCCUGAUUGUUUCACCAGUGUGUGGUCACAGACCCAAAGUGACAGAUUUGUUUUGCACCUGCAGCAGCAAGACUCAAAUUUAGAAUAAUUCCAGUCAAAAUGGUGGUGGAGGGGUUGAGUUGAGUUUAACGUGUCCGUAACUCAUCCCUCUCAUCUGGCUGGCUGUUGAUCGGACGGUUCGGCGUGAAGCAGGUGAGCGGUGUUGUACCGUCGUUACGUGUACGAGGAUUACUGUAAAUCUCCAGACGCACUGAAGCCCAUCCUCUUUGUUCAGUAUGGAAAUUCUUGCAUUGAUCUCUAUCUGUGUGGAUUAAAUAUUAAACAUAUUUGUGUGCUGAAAACAAA